CUCCGCCACUGUUACCGAUACAUAUACGUAAGAAAACGAGUCGCCUUUGAGAAAGGGCACGAGGAAAGGAAGAAAGAUUAAUAGGACUAUUUAUUUUUUGACUAAUUGUGAUAGACCAGCGUAGGCUACAUUUGAUUUUGAAGUGAUCGCGAAACGUGCGUAGCACUUUUCUAAAGCUAAUUAUGUUUUAUACGUUCGGAAAGGGGGACGAUGAACUGGCUAAAGAUGAAAUAUUUCAUAGAAAUUUAUCAAAGGAGAUUGAAGAAUCAGAAAAUCGUCAAUUGGAAAAGGAGAGGUCUUUGGCCAUUAAAAAUUAUUCAAAAAGGAUAGCGGCGGAAUUGCUGAAUCACGUCAGUAUCAACGAUUCAGAAAGGACAAGAACAUGCACGGCUGAGGAAUUGCUGAAUCACGUCAGUAUCAAUGAUUCAGAAAGGACAAGAACAGGCACAGUUGAGGAAUUGCUGUAUCACGUCAGUAUCAAUGAUUCAGAAAGGACAAGAACAGGCACAGUUGAGGAAUCACAUAACCAAGGAGAACAGUUUAGUGGUACUGCACGAAAUUCAAAGCCUUGGUAUAGUUCCAUAAAAGACCUCUGGAAUGAUUUCAUUGGAUAUUUAUUUAAAAGAAAGACAAAGCCGGAGUCAAAGCCAGAGUCAGAGCCAGAAAACAUCCAGCUACAAACCUUCACAUCACUCACAAGCAUCAUAGAAGAGCUACUGAUGAAUUCAAACAUAAGUUUGAGUAUGUUCUAACAUUAUUUCGGAUCGUGUGAACGACAUCGCAAGGGAAGGAAUCGAGGAAACGAUAGAGGAAUUAGAGAAAAGACAGAUUAGUUUCAAAACACAGAGAAAACGUAACUGAUAUACAUGUUAAAUGUGGUAUCAGACUGGAAACAAUAGCGGUUUCUGAAAUUGUUCUUAUGCUUUUCAUAAAUAUUUCGCAAACAGUCAGGUCUAUUAAUUAUAAUGGAUAAAGUUUAAAUGUCACAUAUACAUCGACAUAUCUAGGGAAAUGUAAGGCCUUUGGAAUUUUGAAAAUGUGUUUCUAGGUAUUGUUAAAUCAUUGAUAAACAGCUUGUUACGUGCACUCAAAGAAUGAACAGUUGCUAAUUUGUAGUAAACUUAAUAUAAAUUUGUCCAAAAAUCUAAAAUGCCUCCUCGACAUUUUUGGCAAUUUGUUCGUUGAAACAUACGGGUUUUGUGCCAGAUAUUAUUCGUAUCCUAUCCAAAUACAACUUAGAACACUAUUUGAUUGAAUUUGAACAUUCAAUGUGCUUUUCGUCGAAAUUAUCUUGGAAAACAACCUGCAAACAUUCACUGAUUACGUAUGAACAAUCGAAAUGGAUGGAGCGUAUGAAAAUAUGUUCAGAUUUCAGCAGAUUCCGAGAAGGGCAUUCUGAACUGACACCUUCAAACAUUUGGCGAGUCGCGCUUAUGAAACCAGACAGUAUCGAACUCAUGACAUUCCUGGCAAAAUUAUGUUGUACACCGGUUACAAAUAUAGAAACUACUUGUUUUGUUUGUGUACAGCAUAUAAUGACUAUAUCUCUCAUGUAGCGUUCCAUUGUCAAAAUUCUGGUCUUAUAGCAAUAUGUGAUAUUUUCUUAAGACAAAUUUCAGUUCUUUCCGAAGAAUUUCAUAAACUGAUCACAGACAAUAAAACCAGAUCGUUACAAUUACAGUAUCUACUUGGAUAUGUUGACAAUAGACUGACAAAUGUCGUUACCCCUGAGAAAUACGCAGAUAUCAUGUGUGCUGUAGCAUCAUAUUUAAGAGAUUUAUUUAAUACGUAUACUGUUUUACAGUCAUGAAUCUGUAUGAAUGACAAUAUAAUAUAAGAAAAAUAGCUAAAACAUGUGAGGUAAUAAUCCUGUAUCAUAGCUUCGCUUUCGUCCCUAUUUCGCUCUUUUCGAAGCUAAUGUCAAUGGGUUUUAUUGCUUUAUUGUAGUUAACGAAGAAUGUGCAAUAGUAUUUAGCCUUAAAAUGUGUGUAUUUUUUAAGGAAAUACUAUAAAACAUAUAUAUUUUGAUGUAUGAUAUGAUAACCACGUUAAAUAAUUUUGUAAAUAACACAGAGGCUCUGUACUCUGUCUUUAUAAAUUGAUUUGCUUUUCCUUUAUACAUGCGAUAACAGUUCCUCUGUAUUUAUACAGAUAUUUGUAUAUUUGUAUUAUUAUAUGUGACUCUUCAUUGACUUGGAGGAAAUAAAGUUAUAUAUAUAUAUAUA